UAUAUUGCGUAUCAAGAAUUCCCGAUUUCAGCACCGACCCAACGAAUGUAUGCAUUAAGGGACAGGGUAUUUCAACAAGGGGAAGAUAGGAGAACUGAAACCACCCAAUCUCUAAAAUGAUGUAGUAUAUGUACGUUCCAUUCCACGAUUUAUAUUAAGAAUGACAUCGUAACCCUUCUUCUUUUGCUACAUACUCGUGAGGAGGCAAUUCUGACGUCUAAAUUUAUCCAAAAAGGGUCAACCACCUCGAAAUUUAUCCAACUUUCCCUAAAUAAACUUCACUUAAAAGGUUUGUCACCCUGAAUAGUUUACAUGCCAAAAGGGUGACAUUAUUCUUAAGAAUGUCCCCUUGAACGUUUAACAUUUUGUUAGUUGCAACGCACAUUAUUGCAGCACAUCAUUUGGAGAAGUAUGCAUACAUACAUACAUUUUUGACUUACUUUAUUUUUGUAUUUUGCAACGUUCAAACAAUUUUCAAAAUAAUUUAUUCCUGAGAUACAUACUGCAAAUAUCAGGCUCACAAAAUAUAGCUUAGGCGUCAUUUCACCAGAUAUAAAUAUUAUUAAAAAUCGUGACUUCUUGGAAAUGGAAAUUACCAACGACACUUGGACGAUACCGCAUUUUGCCGUUAUUCUCCCCGAGAUUUUGACCAAAGUGAUGACCUUUCUUUCCACGCCUGACCUCAUCACAUGCACCCUGAUUAACACGGAUUUUGAAAUUGAAGCCAGGAAACGUCUCCUAGCUCAAAAAUGGGUUAGGUUCCCCGCUAAAAAGUUACCCCUCUCCCCUCAAAGUGAAACCACCCCCUACAACAUUACCCACUUCGCGGGUUACAACCCCAGAAAUUUGCUCAUCCAAAACUUCAAAUUUUCCUGCCCGUCUAUCUUGACCAAUUUCCUUUCGAGCCAUGCCCACCACGUGGUCAAUUUAAAGAUCCUGUUACCCCUGCGAGAUCCCAAAUGGCGCCAAUAUUUGGAAUACCUCUCAACCUUCCUCCCUAACCUGGUCAGCCUGCAGAUACAAGUUAUCACAUUAGGGGGGCUUAAUUGCCCCGAUUUUAUCCCGCCUUCCCAUAAACCACGGGUCUUCUGGAAGGUUCGUAAACUCGGACUGACCUCAUCCACGUGGGCCCAGUCGGGUAAAUUAGUGGAUAUUUUGCCCCUUUUCCCGAACCUGGCCAGCUUAUCGUCCGACGGAAUAGAUCCCGCCGUCCUGGAAAAAUUUCUGCACAGGGGCCCUUCUACCCAGGUCGGGCCUCGGGUGACUAUGACCCGGUUAGAAUUAAGUGACCCGAGUUUUGACCUCGGCCAUUUUUCCGUCAUUCUGAACAUCGUCGCGGGCACGUUGGAAAGUGUCAAGUUUUUCGGAAUGGACAACUGCCCGCCUCACUGGCUAAUGAAUGAAACCGGCGUAGCGUUUCCCACCAUGCCGCGCUUAAAGGUUUUCGCCGUCCGACUGAGUCCAAAUUCCUUUAGAAUGAUAACUUCCGGCUGUUCAGUUGUGAUGCCGAGACUGAGGUUGAGAUUUGGGAGGCAAGCUGGUAUGCUGGUUUAUCCGGAUCAGUUCCCCGUCUUGGAGAAAAUUGUUAUUUCCAGGGAUGAAAUAACCCAGCCCUGUACCCAGGAGGAAAUAUUAACCCGUCAGGAGUGUUUUGAGACGAGCGCGGCAUUUUUGUACAAUUCCUUCCUUCGUGCGGGCAAUUCGAGGGGGGUAACAGUGACAAAUUUGGACAUUCCGUUCCCACCGGGGGAUACGUUUAGGGUGAUUGGGCAGAUGGGAGAGGCCUGCGCGGCAGGGUGGCCGGUUGACUGUGGGUGUGGCGAAGUGAGGAAUAUGUCCGAAUUUUGGGACAGGGUGACCGCCAUUUUACCAAAUUUGACGAGAUACCAGAUCAUGGGGGAGAUUUAGGAAUUUGCGACGGAAGCAGGGGGAUAUCUUCCCCAGAAAUUUAUUAAAAUUCUAUCUUGCCCGUGUUAAUAAGACCCUCAUUCUCUAAUCCCCACAAUGCUAACGUUCCCUAAACUUCUACCGCGAAUGUAAUAGUUUAAAAUGGAAUAGUUUGAAGACAUAAUUACACAUAUAUUUUUUUAAUCUAGCCGAAUUUAGAAAACCAUUUCCACUCACGUAGCGUAUUUUUUACCCGAUACUUAAAUGACUUAUAAAUUAGCUAGUUACUAAAUUUUGACUCUACGUAGUACAUAUCAAGUUGAUCUUAUCAACAUACUUAUGUUUCUAUUACAUCGCCAACCUAUUUAUUUGUUUAAACUCAUUUAAAGUUUAAACCAAAUUCGCGUCGAAUUUAUUUUAAUUUGUGGGCGACACAUCGUUUUAGCAAUAUUAAGUACAUAUUAGUUUAUGAUUUGUUACUCAAUAUAAAACUAUAAAAAAAUAAGGCUUAGUAACUGAUAUUUAUUUUGUGUCCUGGUAGAUUUUCUGCUCUUCAUCAAACAACACGGUAUUAUAUGUAUAUGA